CAUUAACCCCCGACUUGAUUCCAGCCAAAUUAAGCACGCCGCCAUGAAGCAGAAGAUCGUGAUCAAGGUGGAGAUGACGUGCGACAAGUGCCGAUCCAAGGCCAUGGCGCUGGUGGCGGCCACGGUGGGGGUGGACUCGGUGGCGCUUGCCGGUGACAGCAAGGACCAGGUGGUGGUGGUCGGCGACGGCGUCGACUCCGUCAAGCUCACCAGCGCGCUGCGCAAGAAGGUCGGACACGCGCAGCUCGUGCAGGUCGGCGAGGUCAAGAAGGAGGAGGAGAAGAAGAAGCCCGCUGAAGCGGCCGCCGCCACCGCUGCCGUCGUCGAGUACACUUACCCGUGGCACUACUACCAGUACCCUUCGCAGGCCGCGCCGGUCUAUGGUUACCAGCAGUAUUACUCCGGGCUGGACACCUGGUGGAUGUAGCCACGCCACUCAGCAUUCUUGAGUAAUCUUUUUUGUUCGUCGAUCGGGGUUUAGCUCUAGUAGGAUUUCAAAUGCCAAAGGUGGGAUCUGUGUUGUAUUGGUUCUUGUGGAAGCUUCUUAAUUAAAGUAUUAAUUAAGAGUAAUUAAUUGAUCA